AUGUCUGAUAGCGUUUGUUUUAAACAACUGCAAGAUAAAUCACUGCCAAGUCAUGUCAGUUAUGUUCGCUGGUCGCCAAAGAUGGAUCUAAUAGCUAUGGCAACGGAAGAAGGCGAGAUCUGGUUAUAUCGACUAUCAUGGCAAAAAGUAUGGACUAUUGCUGCUGAAGGCAAUCAAUGUAAAAUUAAUUGUUUCGCAUGGCAACCUGAUGGUAGAGUCUUAGCUGUAGGUAGGAGUGAUGGUCACGUCAGAUUCUAUGAUGUAGAGAAAGGAAAUAUAUUAAUUAAUUGGUCACAAUGGAAAGGAUUAGCUCCAGUGAUUUUGAUGGAUUGGAUUGAUGUUCUAUACCAAGAGACACCUGCUUCAAGCCAGUUUUUGAUUGAUCCAAUUUCCACUUAUGCACCUGAACUACCUCUAUUACUGGAAAGUGGUAGUGCCUCCAUUUUCAACGAUUCGACGAAUCAAGUUAUUUUAGAUAAAUGGUUGAAUACAAGCUCGGCAACUCUUUUAAUUGUUGGCUACCAGGAUGGAAAGAUACAUAUUCUUCAAUAUGGAUUAUAUUUAAUUUUCGCUAUUGAUAUUUGUCGAUGUCAUGAUGCAUUUACCAAUGUCAAGCUUUUCAAUAUUAUAAGUUGCUGCUAUUCGAAUGCUACUUCAACCUUCAGUAUUAUAUUUGGAGUUGCGCCGAAUAAUGCCGGUAGUUUGGAGAACCAUGAAGUUAUAGUUAAUGCUGUGUACGAUGUAACCAUGCUAACGAAGCACAAGCGGCAAUUGACUCAAGUGGCUCGAAGAUGUGUUUCGAUACUGUCCUUAUUGGAAAAUUAUCGAAAAUUAAAACAAUCUAUUGAAAAUUCGCAUACUAAAAUUUAUGAUCUUGCCGUAAAGCUGGUGUUAAACGUAUGGCCUACACUUUUAUUACAUUUGUUGGAACUAAAAGGAAUCUUUAAUCAGCCUCAGUUUCCCAACGCUGUUGUUAAUUUUGUGAAUGGGUGUGUUUGCAAUGUUGGAUCGUUAAUAUUGAAAGGCCAGGAAUUAAUAGAGGUUAUUAACAAUUCGUCAAGAAGAUACAAUGCCUUUUUUAAGUGGUUAACCAUAGAAUUUAAUCAUCAUAUUUACGCUUUUAAAGUACUCGCAAGAUAUAACGAAGACUUAGAAGUGAUUGACAAUCAGUUAAACAAGGAAGAACGCACCUCACUUAUGGAAUUUUUACAAGAGCUACUGCCAGAGAAUGAAAGUUACGUACAGCAACACUUUGUUAAGGAACGAAUUGGCCAGUAUUUCCUGGAAAGAGAUUUGGAAAUAGUUCAGCUGCAAGACGUGGCCAUUUCUAUUAAGCCAGCAUUCUUAUUUCCUGUUACAUCUAAGUACAUAUUAGUUAUUUAUCACCUUACCCUGCCCAUUGCUUCUUGUUGUGUACUCAAACGAUCUCUAUUUGUUUUAUAUCCUCACAGCAUUAGUAGAGAAGAUAGAUGUUUAAAUGCAUCACAGUCAAUUGUUGAAAUUAAUGGAGAAGAUUAUAUAUACGGAAUUUACCAAAUACCUGAACGUGCGACAUCCCUUCUUGUGAUACGUCAGAAGGAUGUAGCUAGGGACGAGGAAAUUGAUGAUGAUAUAUGCUGGAAUUCUGUCGAAGCCGCCCUAAUAAAUUUAAAAAAUUUCGGAAAUAGUGUCCUAAGCGAAGACGCUCGGAUUUUAGAUUUUGCUACGUAUCGUGAAGAUCAAAUAACUACACUACUCUUUUCAAACGAUCAUCAAAAUUCUCUGAUUGGUCAAUUAUCGUUAACGGAAGUUGGAUUAUCAGAUUCUCAUCAGUUUACUACUUUUAACGUAGAAAUGUUAAAUUCUUUUUUCGGUGAACACUUUAUAGACAACACCAAGACAUUACUUGAUAAAUCACUGAAAUGCUACGAAGCCAAUCUGACUUAUCAUUAUAAGCUAAUAAAAUUUUCGGGAGGCCUACUCGACGUCAGUGGGUCACGCCGUGUCGGAUGCAUCCUUUCUAAAAGUAAACGACGAAUUUGUUUCUUGGAUAUGGAAGCAGAAGAUGAAGAAGCCUAUUCUUCAGAAAAUGUUUCAAUGGAAGAUCUUCAAAAUGAUUAA